AUGUCCUUAUCUGAACUUGGUAUACAGAAAGUAGUUAAAGUUGCUGAAAUAGCACUUAAAAAGCAUCAGGAACGGCUUAAAAAAUUAGGGUGGAAUUCACCUGUUAACCUGGAUAAUAAGCAUAAGCAUCAUUAUGAAGCAUCACGUGAUAUAGAAGACAAUACAUCAAGAACAAUCUGUAGGCCAAAUAAUUGGGAAACUGAUUUAACUUUAAAUAAAUCUUUUGAUAACUAUGAAGAAUCUGAAAGGAAAUUAAAAGAAUUAGAAACUCGUAUGAGUACACUUUUAAGUUAUGCUGCCCAACUGGAGGAAUAUUAUACAGUACCAACUCCAGUUCCAUAUAAACAUGAAAGUAAGUCAUCUAGGCAUAAGUCAAGCACAACAAAUAGAUCUCAAAGAUAUAUAGAUGAUUUCGAAAAAUUAGAAUCUAGUAAAUCUAGUAUGAAUAGCCCUAAAAGUCAUAUUCAGGCUUCUAUGCAAUAUUAUGCCGAAGCAGCAGUUGUUUCUGUACUACAAGAAGCCUUAUCAAAUAUAUCAAAAAAGCACUCUGUUAAGUAUAAGUCUCUUGGAAAACAAAUAGAUGAGGACCCAUUAGAUAUUCACCCUAUAUAUACAAGUACCUCAGUUAUUACUAAUUUGAUUUCCCCAGUAGUUACUCCGAUAACAAGUCCUUUCCAUAAAUUGCAACCUCAUACUUUACAGACACAAAAAAGAUCAGAAAUCUUGUCUCCAGAAGAUGUGUCAAUUAUAUCUGAUCAAAUACUACAAGAAUGUUUGGAAAGAGUUGUUGAAUCCUUAGAUGAUAUAUUAACUGAUAUUACUAUAAAAUUUAUAAAAGAUGUAGUAGAAGAGAUGUAG